UGCAAAAAGGUAAACAAACACACAUACAAUACAAGCAGCCAUUACACACACAACAAGAUCAAGAUGAACACAGACAUCACCGCAUCAGCCAAACCCGAAUACCCAGUGAUCGAUCGCAACCCACCCUUCACCAAAACCGUCGGCAACUUCAACACUCUCGACUACCUCCGCUUCACCACCAUCACCGGCAUCUCCGUCACCGUCGGCUACCUCUCCGGAAUAAAGCCCGGGAUCAGAGGCCCAUCGAUGGUGACCGGAGGGUUGAUCGGAGUUAUGGGUGGUUUUAUGUAUGCUUACCAGAACUCUGCUGGACGCUUGAUGGGCUUUUUUCCUAACGAUGGUGAGGUAGCUCGUUACAAGAAGUAGUUUUUCACAUUUUCCCCAAUUUUUUUUCAAUCUAGGGUUUUGUUUUGUGUGAUGAAAUGAACAUCUUACGGGUCAAUUGAGCAUAUUGUGAUGCUUUAUAAGAUACUGACAUGAACGUUUUUUUAAUAAUUGGAUUCGUGUUGUUGGUUUUGUUGUUCUUGUUGCUUUCAAUUUGAGAAAUUGAAGAACUGUUGGCUAAUAAUAUCCCUUCAUUUGGGUAUUUUUGUUGCUUUAAA